UGACAGUGAAUACAACAUCAACGUGGAGGCCUUGAAUGCAGCAUUAAUAGCAUUGCACAGUUCAGGGACUAUUGCCUCCUUAGUGUUGAUCAUCAUAAACUUGUUUCAGUGUUUUCUCUGCUCAGAUGUCUGCAGCACUGAGUCUACGUCUUCUCCACUGCUACUCCAAACAAGGUACAUUUGGAUAUGGCUGCGGUGCAAUUCGCCCGCUGAGUCUCAGUGUGCAGAGAGACGGCUACAAGUAUGUAAAUGCUAAGGAGCUGCCAACAGACAUGAGAUCCAUCACUGACCGGGCUGCCACAACCCUGCUUUGGACCGAGCUCUUUAGAGGUUUGGCAAUGACCAUGAGUUAUCUGUUCCGUGAACCUGCCACCAUCAACUACCCAUUUGAGAAGGGUCCUCUGUCGCCCCGCUUUCGGGGGGAGCACGCCCUCCGCCGCUAUCCUAACGGAGAGGAGCGCUGCAUUGCCUGUAAGCUUUGUGAGGCUGUCUGCCCUGCUCAGGCUAUCACUAUUGAAGCUGAGACUCGAGCCGAUGGCAGCAGGCGGACCACACGCUAUGACAUCGACAUGACCAAAUGCAUCUACUGCGGCUUCUGCCAGGAAGCCUGUCCUGUUGAUGCCAUUGUUGAGGGUCCGAACUUCGAGUUCUCCACAGAGACCCACGAGGAGCUGCUAUACAACAAGGAGAAGCUACUCAACAAUGGAGACCGAUGGGAGGCUGAGAUAGCAGCCAACAUACAGGCAGACUAUCUGUACAGAUAGACUCACUGUGGGAGGGUACUGUAUGUCCUCCUGAUAUGCAUUUAAAGAGAUUACUGGCAGUUUUACAGUUAUGCCAGCGGGUUUCGAGUGGUGAAGCCUCAUAUACUGAGGAAAUUCUAUAAAAAACACACAAAUUUUAUGCCUCUUGGGUGUAGUUGUACUUUUUGAUGUUGAGCUUGCACAAUUUAUAUAUACACAAUGUGGGACAGACCAUUUUCUGUAGCACGUCAAAGCUUGCAAUAUAAGAGUAUAUUAUUUGAAAUGUUUGUUUUAAAGAUAUUGACAGACCUGUUGCAAAUUUAAUUAACCAAAUUGAAAUUAAAGGGGAAAAACCUUUGAAACUGAGAA